AUGGUUGAGGUUACUGAGGAAGCUCUGGAGGAACUGCUGAGCCAAAUCAACAGGCUCCAUGAUCAAGUCAACGGCAUGAUGCCUUCUGGUGCACCGGACAAACAACCUUCUCGUGAAACAGGCGCCCCGUCGAACGGUCAGCCGGCCCAGUUGCCUGCAAGUUCUUCUGAUGGAUCUUCCAACGAUGGUCAACCCGAACAGCUACCUCAGCAGUCAGCUGAAGCUGAAGUUCCUGGCCCAUCUGAAGUUCCUCCCAUAGUCUCAGAGCCCUCUCUGCGAUCCGAGCUGCCCGCACCAACAGAUGAAGUUGAUACUGUUUACGAGCCACAACCUCCGAAUGCGCCAGACCAACCAGACGUACCUGGUCCAUCACAGACAAAAGGACUUGAGAAGCAAUCAGACUCGACAUUGGCCGCGGCGGCUGCAAAUCCCACUCAGGCAGCGAAUGACAAGUCUGCCAAUCUCCCUGGCGAGGCUAAAGCCGAAGAGUCGUCUGGCGACGACACAGCCGUGGCCUUGACAGAGCCUGCAGAUGUCUCUGAAAAUAAAAAGACUCUCCAGUCUGACGACUUGCCUAACAAUGCUGUUGUCCAGCCCACAGGCGAAGCUCAGGCUCCAACCGGAACACAAGCCAACACAGCAGAAGACGUCAAGCCCACUGAGGAGCCUCAAGAUGAAGACUCCAGUUCUGGUUCUAGCGACAACGAUACAGGAGAACCCAGUGCUAUACCCGGAGGUGCAUUCGUUGAGGGUGCUGAUGGUAUACUUCAGACACUUUCAAGCGAUGCCUCACCUGCGGAACAGACUGGCGAUCCAGCACGAAAGGAAACCCAGGAGUCGCCGCCCCCCGAUGAUGAAUGUAUUGAAGAUGAAGAAGUCACCCGCGAUCGACCCUACGCAAGACGCUUCAGCAACCCCAUCUCUUGUCGCUACCGCAGAGACCGGCCCGGCUCAGAUAGCUGCUAUAGCUUCUGA